AUGGAGGACACCGGAACCGCAACAGCCACAUCGUCGGGUCCGCCAGGUCCUCUAUCAACUUACACCAUCCGGCACCGCAGCGAUCGUUCGACGAGCAGCAACAACAUCUCGCCUGCUGCAAGUUCAGGUAUCAGUGAGACCGCCAGACCCCAAGACACGGCUCGCCGCCGACCAACUUUCGAACAUCGUCCUUAUUCCGACUACGGCCUGAUGUAUCGCAAGAUCAAAGUUGACACCAUCGCCGAGGAUGUUGCUCGGAAAAGCACCAUCACCAUGGAAGCCAUUCGAAACAAACCCUUGCCUACCCGUUCCUUAGACCCCCGCAACACGACAACGCCGCCGUCCGCUUCUAGCAAGUCCUCCGGUAGUUUGGCAUUCGAUACUCAUCGGAGAGGGCCUUUAUCCGAGCCCAGCGAGUAUACUUCGCUGUCUCGAUCUCCGGCCCGUCCAGUUCCAGGUCACAACUGGUCACGCACAAAGUCCGGUAGUGUUUGGUACGAGAGAUUGCGGACAUCGCCAGAGGAAUCUCGAGAUAACCUUUUAGCCUCAGCGGGUAAGAUUCCGUCGCUCAAAGGGUUGACUCCGCUGCUUCCACCAAGAUCGCCGCCGGACCAGAGUGCACCAUCAGAUGGCCACGUGGUCAGAGUGGAAAAGUCGUUCACGAAGCUGCAGGAGGACGAGCCCCUGUCAGAUACAUCACCACCGACCUCGAGGAAGAGCUCCAUUAACCCACGGCGAAUAUUCUCUGCAUCACUCCAGAUGGUUCGACGCUUUAGCUUCAACAAGCACAAGCGCAGAAUGGGGUCCGUCAGGAGCAUUAGCCCGCUGUCCCUGCCACGGAACCAGCAUUUGCCAGACCACAUGACUCUCCUGAAGCGGAACCGGACUUCGGAAGCACUGCGAAGGGUCAACUCGAUUCUGCAAGAGACAAGCCUUCUGUCGGACGCGACAUCGCCUGUAUCAGUGGUCAAUCGUCUACAUGCCCGGACCAUGUCAGAUAAGUCCAAUUCUUCCAGGGGGUCCAGCGCCCUGAAAGGUAAGAAUCGGAUAUCUGCUCGAGUUCGGUCUCCAGAAAUAAGGUACGAAAGCGAUGAAUCUCUCCAGGACGUUGUCGAGGGAAUUUCGUACACUUCAAGCCAAUUGGCUUUGCGAAUGGGGGCACAACCAAAUAACACUCCCGAUGAGCGUGCCACUUACAAGAUCAAGAAAAGCCCGAGCGUAGAGACCGAGGAGUUUCUGAAAGUCGAUAUUAGUAUUCGUGGUGGGACGAGUUACCUCCCGAGCGAAGCCCGGCGCAUUCAUACGCCACCGCUUCCACAAGAAGGUCUCGAUGGAAAGAAGAGAGGCUUCUUCUUCGACUACAACGCGCCCAAAGGACCAGAAACUCGCCAGAAUGAGACUCUUGACCCGAGCAGAAUCCCAGCUCGGAAUACAAGCCGAGUCAGUUCAAGCGGUAAAAAGUCAUUCGUGACCGCAGAUGGCCAUGUCGUGAGCAAGGCCAAAACGAGCGACUGGUACGAAGCCAAGUUGGCUCAGCUAGAGGAAUCGGAAGAGGAUGGGCUAAUCAUGGUGUCGUCCGGCCGGGGACUGAACCUCGACACCAACUCCAAGAGAUUCAGAAGUGGCACACAAACAAGCCUGUCCGAGAUCAGGAAACGCAAGGACGAGGAAAAGUUGGACAUAACAAUCCCUGAGCAUCUUCCAAGCAGCCCAUUGUGUCCAAGACACCCCAGGUACUGGCGUAUCGUGAAGGGCAGAGGGAGUCAAUUUCGGGGGUGUUGGAUGCACGGCGUUGGUGUAUGGAAUGACGAUAUCAACUUCCUAUGA